GAAAAUAUAUAUGGUUUUUGUCCGUCUUUCCAUCUCUAAUUUCGAUGGCACUAGUGGCACUGGUAAUGUGGGUGGCGCCAGCUCCAGGACUCUUGUUCUACUGAUGAAAUCGUGAAUUGUUGUUAAAAUGGCGGACACUGACCACAAGGGUAAAGAUAGUUCGAGCGCGAAAGAAUCGGGGGUAAAGCCGGAAAAUCGUGAGAACAAUUCAACGAACGGUGGCAAAGGAUCUGGCGAUGACGCGGAUAGUCUCGAGGAACAACCCUUGGACAUCGGGGAACACUACUUGGUCCGUAGAUCGGAUGAUUCAUGGCAUCCGGCGGAAAUCAUUCAGACGAGAUAUAAUGAAGGGGAAGGCCACUAUGAAUACUAUGUUCACUAUGAAGGAUAUAAUAGGAGACUGGACGAGUGGGUGCCUAGAGACAGGAUAAUGUCUAGCAGAUUUGAUAUGAGCGAUCAGAGCUGGAAGAAUAGCGACAGGAAUCCAGCGAGUGAUUUGUUAGCCGAUUCAUCUGACAGAAAAAUAACGCGAAAUCAGAAGAGGCGACACGACGAAAUAAAUCAUAUACAGAAAACCUACGCAGAAAUGGAUCCAACUACUGCUGCCUUGGAGAAAGAACAUGAGGCCAUAACCAAAGUGAAAUAUAUUGACAGGAUACAAAUAGGACGAUAUGAAAUAGACACGUGGUACUUCAGCCCAUACCCCGAAGAGUAUGGCAAACAGCCAAAGCUAUGGAUAUGUGAAUACUGUCUGAAAUAUAUGAGGCUCGAGAAAACUUACAGAUACCAUAUGAGCGAAUGUACUCACAGACAGCCUGUCGGCAAAGAAAUCUAUCGCAAAGGGACUCUGAGUAUCUGGGAGGUUGAUGGAAGAGAGCACAAAAUAUACUGCCAGAAUCUCUGUCUGUUGGCCAAAUUAUUUCUUGAUCAUAAAACGCUCUAUUUCGAUGUCGAGCCUUUUUUAUUCUAUAUUCUCUGCGAAGUGGAUAAACAUGGAGCUCAUUUAGUUGGCUACUUUUCGAAGGAAAAGGAAUCACCAGAUGGAAAUAACGUUGCUUGCAUUCUAACUCUGCCCCCGUUUCAACGACAAGGAUAUGGGAAGCUGCUCAUCGCAUUCAGUUACGAAUUGAGCAGGAUUGAGCAAACUGUUGGGAGCCCUGAAAAGCCUCUUAGUGAUUUAGGAAAGCUUUCGUACAGAAGCUACUGGAGUUGGAUUCUCCUGGAGAUAUUAAGAGAUUUUAGAGGGACGCUCAGCAUUAAAGAUCUGAGUCAAAUGACCAGUAUCUCACAGACUGACAUCAUCUCAACUCUCCAAAGCAUGAAUAUGGUCAAGUACUGGAAAGGACAGCAUGUAAUUUGCGUGACUCCGAAAUUGGUUGAAGAACAUAUCAAAAGCAGCCAGUUUAAGCGACCUCGUUUAACGGUUGACUCGAGCUCUCUACGAUGGGGAGCACCACCACGUAAAAAUGUAAAACCAGGAAAGAAAUGAAUGUAGUUGACGAAUAACUACGGUUCAAAAUAGCACUAUCAUUGUGGUACAUAAAUUAUUUUUUUCCGUAUCAUGUGAAAGUUACAGCCAUUAAUGAUGAUUCAAUGUAUCAUCUGUAAUGUAUUAACAAACAAAAUUUAUGUGUAUCAACGAUCAUUACAUUUUUUUAAAUGUAUCAGUGAUGUGUUCAUUAGUUUGCUACGGAAUUACGUCGACUUUGUGGAGUUGAGUCAGAUCACUGAAAAUCGGCAGGAUAGUUCAAAUUGCUACCUCUAAAUUACAUAUUGACGCGUUGAGAGAGUGUGAAUGACGAAUGUACGAGAGUAAAAAGGGUAACAUGUAAUUUACUAUAUGUACGAAUACAUUAGGAUCCAUUUUGUGGGAUUUCAUUGUAUUAGUGUUAUCGCUGUACGUAAAGAAUUUCCUAAAUAUUUGAUGCCUGUAGUUUUUUUGUUUGAAAACUUCGAUACUGUGCAUUGAAAAAUUGUAGUAAGGUGCAGAUUACGUGAAGAAAUUUACGCAUCCUAAUGGAAAAAUGUCCAAACCUUCAUGUAAGGAAAAUUUACUUCCUGUAUCGUUGUAAUGUUACAUUUGACCCAUAAAUUCUCUGUGUAUAAUUUUAAGUUGUACCUAGUUUUUGUAUUUAGAUCAUAGACAUCAAGGAAAAACAAUUUCCCAUCGUAUACGCUUAUUAUUGUUAAACAUACUUAGUACACACUUUAGAGUUAGGGUUGAGAAUUACAUUCGAAAAAGCCACAUAGUAUUGUGUGAUUCUUAUAUAUUUUUUGUAGAACAAUUAUUAUUAAAAUUGAUAAUAAAC